AUGCCGAAGAUGGGCCAGAAGCCGGCCCAGGGGAAGACGGCCCAGCAGUGGAUGAGACCGAUCGGGGAGAAGCAUCUGGGCUCGACGGGCCGCUGGGUGAGGCCGGACUGGUGGGCUCGUUGGUGUGGCCCGCUGCUGGGGGCGAAGAAUCAAGCGGGGAAUCAUCCGCUGCAUCGGCUGAGGGCGAGACAAUCGGUCGAGGUAUCCAGUGAAGGUCUCGGCUCAUGGCGUCUUGCAUGGGAAAUGAAGUCUCAUGAAACUGAACGUCCCGAGAGGUAA